AUGAGGCGUCGCACGGGGCGAUGCCUGUUUGCGCUGAAUGUUUCAGGGCAUGAAGAAGCGUUAGCGUGGGAAAAAGGGAGCUGAGAAAGUUGAAGUUGAAGCUAAACUCGAGCGGCACGGCCAUGCCGACUUGGAUUUUUGAACAUUCUUCUUUUAGGUUCAAAAACUGUUUUUAAAAGUCUAGUUUAAAAGUUUCAUACACAUGCCCUGGAGUGUAUAUGAAUUCACGAAAGAAACUUCUUAGAGGAAAACGGUGAACUAAGUGAACUUAAAGGAUUAUAGAGAAUUGAAACUCAGAUCUGAGGAGCAAAAAAUGGGAACAUCUGGCGGUGAGCCAAAAACACUGCUCAAUGCUCUGAAGCCAAUGUUGGGUCAAUUUGGGGACAUCAAGUCUCCUCAAGAAGUUGUUAGAAUUAUAAGUUUAAUGAGGGAUGCUGAAAAGUUAAUGAGUCGAUGUGUAUACAUGAACAUUCUUAAAUCUACAAUCUCUAUGGCGAAGGAAAACAAACAGUCAAAUGAGACACUGGAAAAAUUUGUGUCUAUUGGAGGAUGGGCAGUGCUUAACAAAUGGCUGUCUGAUGGCAAGAAGACUGAUAAUUUUUCCAUUUUGAUAGAAUUAUUGGAGGUGCUGAAGGAGCUGCCUGUAUCUGUGGAUACUCUAAAGCAGGGCAAUAUGGGAAAGAUUGUAAAAUAUUUAACCAAAGUUGAUAAUAAAGAAGUUAAAAAACUUUCCAAUGGCAUCCUUAAGCAGUGGAUGUCUCUUAUAAGAACCAAGUCAGGGCCUGAAAAGCCAGAAAAAUUAGAAAAGUUAAAGCAAAAUGAUGACUUGGAGACUGCGUCACAAACGUCUGAUUCAUCCUUAGAUAAUGUCAUGUUAUCAAAAGAUUCAAGUUCUGAAGCAAAGUCAGUCAAAAGACUAAGGGAAGUCCAACAGGGAGAAGCCAAUUCCUCUAUACCCGAGAAAAAAACUAAAACUAAUGAAGGGAAACCAAAAAUCAAAAAAGAACUUAGUAAAGUAAUUGCAAUAGAAAGUGCUGGGUUUAUGAAUGCAUUAGCAACAGCAGCAGUUCCUGCACCAAUCAAGAAAAGAAAACGAGCAGCAGCAACAUCGCAAAAGACAUCGGCCUCCCCAACAACUACCACAUCCACCUCGAGUAAUGGAGCAUCCAAGCCUGCAUUUUCUGGGGGUAUUCUGGAUGAAAUCAUGAGCAAUCAAUCACAAACCCAUGGUUUUGAAGAAAAACUUAAAAGUAAAGGUGAUGAAAAUAGUGCUGGCACUAAUGGGAAAACCUCAGCAGGUGACGAAAACUCACCUCAAAAUGGCUCUCUUCAAGUUGGAGAUGCUGCUGACUUCACAAAGGUUUCAGAGAAUGUUGACAAGGAUAAAGUUGUCGAUUCAAAUUCUUCAACACCAUCAACAACUACUGCCGAAGAUGUAGAGAUAGAACCAGCACCUGCCAAGAAACCCAACAAAAAAGGAAGAAUUGUUACUUGGCCAGAAGACCACAAAAUAGCUUCUUAUCACUUCUUUGAGAUAGAUGAGGAUGAACGAGCUACUAUCCGACAUCCAAUUAACUUCAUUAAUGCUGCUCAUAAAGAAAUGAUGCAUGAGAGAGAGUUACUAGAGAAAGCUAAAAGAUUAAAUGAAGACAAGAUGAUUGAGAAAGUCAAGUGGUACAAACCAAAGCCGAUAGAUGGAAUGGUGUUCCCUGUAGAAUAUGGAUCAAAAAGUGAAGAGAAAAAAAUACAGAAAGAAAGAGAGUCCAGUGUCCUUGCUGAUAUCUUCUUUUCCAAGUCAAGUUUGCCAGAUAGUCCUGCUGAACCUGAGAUUGAACCUGACAAGAAAGUGACGGGGGAACCUAAAGCGAUCCCACAUGAUGAGAAAGGAACCACGCAUCUUCCACCCAAGCAAGCAACGACAACGCCUCCUGCAACUACUGCACCAGUCCAGCUACCUGCUGCCUUAGCCUCUUUAUUCUCAGGAGCUCCUGCAACGAACCCUCCUCCUUCUGCUGACCCAGUUUCAGUGCAGUCACUUCUGGACAAGAUAAUGUCAACAAGUGGCGGACAGCCCAAUCAAUUAAAUCAGUGGUUAUCCAACGUGAAGAAUCAACAGCAGCAACAACAACCACAAGAAGGUGGAUCUCAACAUCCCAAUGCUCUUAAAAAUAUACUCGAACCACUUCAGAAUAAGUCAGGAGCACCGCGACCGACCGGCACUCCUGGAAUGGGGCUCCUUGGAGUAGGUCCUGGAGACUCGGGCCCCGCUAUGAAUCAAAUGGGACCACCAGGACAGUUUGGUCCCAGAGGACCUCGAGGACCUCCCUUUCGACCAGACCCACGAGCACGAUUUCAAGGCCCAGGCGGCCCUAGACCCAAUGGACCAUUUCAAGGACCAGAGGGACCAAUACGGGGCCAAAUGCCUCCGAGAAUGCAUGGACCUCGACCGUUAAUACCGGAAUUGACAAAUCGUGAAGAUUUCCCAGAAGAACAAGAAGGCUUUGAAGGAGACGAUAUUGGUGGACCAAACAUGCGUGGCAGAGGAAGAGGUGGUCUUCGAGGUCGAGGGCGUGGCAGGGGCAGAGGUCGAGGCCCUGCGCCUCUAUGUCGUCAUUUUGUCUCCCAAAGGGGGUGCCUCAGGGGAGAUUCUUGUCAUUUUCUACAUCCGGGUAUCAAUGGACCGCCUUUAUAAGGACGUCUUGUACAUAGACAAUUUUUUAUGCCAUAAAUUAUAAAUAGAGAUUUUUUGCACAAAUAUAUUAUAUGUUUUCAGUAUAAGUUCUGUGUAAUUCAUUCGAGAAAGGCAAGACAACAUACCUCCAAAAGAAGCGGAAGGGGUUGAAAACUAUUCUUUUUCUCAGUAAUAUGAAGUAUUGUGUGCGCGCAUUAAAAAUGGCUGGAUGAAAAUUGAAAAACAGUUGAAGGAGAUUCCCGCACUAGUUUUGCCAGGAAAUUUGUGGUUUCAUUUUUCAUAACUUUCAGCCAUUUCUUACACGAGUUGUUGCAGUUUUCACUUGGCAAUAUGGAUAGAAUUAUUUCGGAAAAACAACUUAAGUUGGAUACCACGCAACGCUGAAAAAAGCCGUACGCCUACAUACGACGUCAUAUGAUAAGUUUUUUUACAGUCAUACAAAAUUUGGUACACUAGACUACAUAGGAAUACAACGGCACCUGUAUCGAUACAAAUUUAUUAACUAACAGACGCUUGUCAAUCAACUCAUUCCAGAAGAAACCAUAGGUAGCCCAUAGAUAGAGAGAAGGCAAUUCACUGGAAGCGAGAGGAAACAAUAUCCACUGUAUCGGAAGAGCUAGCAAGUAGCUAUAACAACUAUAAUUAAGGUGUUUUUUUUGUUUUUUUUUGCUGGGUGGGUCGGGUACGUCGAGGUUGCUGUGUGUUGUUUGGUACAGAUUUCGUUUGACUGCGGGGAAAACGUGCUGUCAUCGUGAGGACAAUCUGAUUGGCUGAAAACUAAAAUAACAAAAUGUAAUGUCUUCAA